AUUGGGAUGAAAGGGGCGCUAUGGUCCUUCGACCAAAGCCAUUCUCUUAUGGAGUCCAGCGAUCAAAGGCGGUGAGCGUGAGACCUUUCCCCUCUUCCUUCCGGUUGCAACUUCUUCGAUCUCACCCCGUAAUCGUGGUCGCGGGUCUCCGCGAAAUUCCUCUCUCAGUCCCUACCCUUUCGUCGGUGAUCGCGUCGGUCGUCUUCGAAUAGGCGGCGGCGUUUGUCGGUGAGAGGUAGAUGAUCCACCGACCGAGUCGUAGCAUGAGCAGUAGUUGAUAGUUGAUAGUUAAUAGAAGACGAACAAAGAUGCUGGAGGACAGAGUUGCCUACCUUCUGCAAAAGUAUCUUGGCAACUAUGUCCGCGGCCUCAGCAAGGAAGCCCUCAAGAUCAGCGUCUGGCAAGGGAAUGUUGAACUAACAAACAUGCAAUUGAGGCCAGAGGCCCUUAAUGCUUUGAAGUUGCCUGUCAAAGUUAAAGCAGGUUUUCUUGGAUCUGUGAAGCUUAAGGUACCAUGGAGCAGAUUGGGUCAAGAACCAGUUCUGGUUUAUCUUGAUCGAAUUCUUAUACUAGCUGAACCUGCAACACAAGUAGAGGGUUCUAGUGAAGAUGCUAUACAAGAAGCAAAGAAGAAUAAAGUGAAGGAACUGGAAAUGAAGCUGUUGGAUAAUCAGCAUCAGCAAAAAUCUGAAAUGGAUACAUCAUGGUUGGGAUCCUUGGUUAACACUAUAAUUGGGAAUCUCAAGCUAUCCAUUACUAAUAUACACAUAAGAUAUGAAGACACAGAAAGCAACCCUGGACACCCAUUUGCAGCAGGUUUGAAACUUGGAAGACUUUCUGCAGUGACAAUAGAUGAUCUGGGUAGGGAAACUUUUGCUACUGGAGGUGCUUUGGAACACAUUCAGAAGUCAGUCGAACUUGAAAGUCUGGCCUUCUAUUUUGAUUCAGAUAUUUUGCCCUGGACUGUCAACAAGUCAUGGGAGGAUUUGCUUCCUUCUGAGUGGAAUCAGAUAUUUGAACUCAGGAGCGAGACUAUCAAAGAACAUAACUACAUUUUAGAACCAGUAACAGGGAAUGCAAAAUACAGUAAGCUACAACUAGAUGAUUCCAGAAGCACAGGACAAGCUCUACAAAAUGCAAUAAUCAAUUUGGAUAAUGUUACAUUAUCUUUGUCAAAGGAUGGGUACAGAGACAUUGUGAAGAUGGCUGAUAACUUUGCUUCCUUCAACCAGCGCCUGAGAUAUGCUCACUAUCGUCCUUCAGUCUCAAUCAAAUCAAAUCCUGCUACUUGGUGGAAGUAUGCAUACAAGGUGGUGACCGAUGAGACAAAGAAGGCCAGCGGGAAAUUCUCAUGGGAGCAUGUUUUGAAAUGUGCAAGGCUCCGCAAAACAUACAUCUCUCUUUAUGCAUCUCUCUUGAAAUCCGAUCCAAACCAUUUGGUAGUAGAUGACAAGUUAGUUGAGGAACUAGAUCGUGAACUUGACAUUGAUGUGAUUCUUCAGUGGAGGAUGUUGGCACACAAGUUUGUGGAGCAGGUAUCAGAAUCAGAUCUCAUGGCUGAGAAAACAAAACCAAAGAGCUCUUGGUGGUCAUUUGGAUGGACUGGUUCUUCCAAAGAUGACAGUGAUCAUAGAGGCUUCACUGAGGAAGACUGGGAGCAGCUAAACAAGAUCAUUGGCUAUAAAGAAGGUUCUGAUGAUUACCUAUUGGCUUCUGAGGAGAAAGAUAUCAUGCAAUUUUACAUGGAAAUCCACAUGAAACAUAAUGCAUCCAGGCUUGUUUCUGAGGGCCAAAAUUUUCUUGCUGACUUAUCUUGUGAAGGUUUAGCUUGUAAAAUAAAAACAUAUCCAGAAGCAAAAGUUUUUGAUCUUACAUUGGGGUCCUACAAGCUCUCAUCGCCAUAUGGUCUCCUUGCUGAGAGUGCUACUGCUUCUGAUUCGCUGGUUGGCAUCUUCUCAUACAAACCUUUUGAUGCUCAAGUAGACUGGAGCUUUGUCGCUAAAGCUUCUCCAUGUUAUGUUACUUAUAUAAAGGAAUCUGUUGACCAAAUUAUUGGAUUUUUCAAGAGUAAUUCUUCUGUUAGCCAGACCCUAGCUCUGGAAGCUGCAGCCGCUAUGCAGAUGACAAUUGAUGGAGUCAAGCGCAGUGCUCAACAACAAAUGAACAGGGUUUUGAAGGAGCAGACCAGGUUUUUGCUUGAUCUGGAUAUAGCUGCUCCAAAGAUUACUAUUCCCACCAAGUUCUACCCGGAUGAUUUGCAUGCAACUAAACUUCUCCUUGAUUUGGGAAACUUGACGGUGACAACAGAGGAUUACUGGGAAUGUGAUUCUUCAGAAGAGAAGGAUUUAUACUUGCAGUUUAAUUUAGUCCUUAGUGAUGUAUCUGCAUUUUUAGUUGAUGGCAAUUACCAUUGGAGUGAAACUCCCCUUGAUGUUGCUCAAGUAAAUAACAACAGUUUCUUACCAGUUAUUGAAAAAUGUGGAAUUGUUGGAAAACUCCAGCAGAUCCAUUUGGAAAAUCCAUUGUAUCCAUCAACGAGACUUGCUGUGCGAUUGCCUUCUUUGGGUUUCCAUUUCUCUCCUGCACGGUACCACCGCCUAAUGCAAGUUGUGAAGAUCUUUCAGGAGGACAAUGCUGAAAUUGGUGUUCAACCAUGGAAUCAGGCUGAUUUUGAAGCAUGGCUAUCUCUUUUAACAUGGAAGGGUGUUGGGAAUAGGGAAGCUACAUGGAAACGCAAGUACUUAUGCCUUGCUGGUCCAUUUCUUUAUGUUUUGGAUAAUCCUAGAUCAAAAACAUACAAACAAUGCAUCAGUUUAAGAGGGAAACAGGUACAUCAAGUUCCUACAGAGUUCACCCGUGGUGUGCAGAAUGUCCUAGCAUUGUAUGAUGCUGGACAAUUCAAUUCGAAGGUUGUUGAAGAUGUGAACACAUUAAUCUUACUUUGCGAUAAUGAUGAAGUUUUGAAAUCAUGGCAAAAACGACUUCAGGGAACAAUAUAUCGUGCAUCUGGUUCCACUGCAAUUAGUAGCAUGUCUGACAAUUCUUCCACAACAGAAACUACUAAAGACACAUCUGAUGAAAUUGCUACAGAGUUGGAUGUAGGGGAUAUGGAAAGACUUUUUGUAAUUGGUGUUCUGGAUGAGUUAAGGGUUGCUUUUAGCUGCAGUUAUCAUGGCAACCAAAGUUUAAAGAAAAUGCUGAUCAAUAAAGAAAAUCGUCUAUUUGAGUUCCGAGCAAUUGGUGGGCAGGUUGAGCUUUCAAUGAGGGAGCGAAAUAUUUUCAUCGGAACUGCCUUAAAAUCUUUGGAAAUUGAAAAUCAACUUUGUUAUGAAGGAGGGAAAAUACCUAGAUACAUUGCUAGAUCAUUUAUCAACAGUGAAGAAGCUACUGCAGUGAAUAACAUUUCUUCCUUUUCAGAAAGCAGUGAAGAGAGUAUAGAAAAAAAAUCACUCAAUAAAAUUGAGAGUGAAAAAUUUUAUGAAGCAAUGGAUGAUCUGGAUGAUCUGGUUGACAAUUUCAGUUCCCAGGACUCACUACAAUCUCCAAAACCUUCCUUCAGAUAUUCUAAUUGCAUUAGAAUCCCUGGUUUAACACCUAAUGCUGAUUUUAGAACCUGGAGCUCAAAGUUUGAGAAAGGUUAUUCGUUGGAUAGUUUUGUGAAAGCUCAGAUUGUUAUAUACGAUCAAAGUUCUUCCUACUACAAUAACGUAGAUAACAGGUUGAUGGUCACCCUUGCUACCCUUUCCUUUUUCUUCCAUCGACCUACUAUACUUGCGACUUUGGAGUUUUUUAACGCUAUCAACAUAUCUGACAAGAAUGCUGACGCUGAAUAUGAAAGCAUUUCGGAGCAGUCUGAAUCUCUAGCCAGCACAUCAGAAAAUACUUCAUUUCAUGGUUCAAAUGCAACUAUUUAUGAAGAUUCUAAACUUAAAGGAUUACUUGGUAGUGGCAAAAGCAGAAUAAUUUUUCAUCUAACACUGAAUAUGUCUAUGGCUCAAAUUUUUUUGAUGAGCGAGGAUGGAACUUCACUUGCAACUUUAUUACAGAAUAACUUACUGACGGAUAUCAAGGUAUUCCCGUCCUCAUUUAGUAUAAAAGCGGCACUUGGAAACUUAAAAAUUAGUGAUGACAGUCUUCCUAAAAAUCAUCCUUACUUCUGGGUAUGUGAUAUGAGGGAUCCCAGGGGGAGUUCUUUUGUUGAGCUUGAUUUUACUUCAUUCAGCACAGACGAUGAUGACUAUACUAGUUAUGACUACAGUCUAACAGGACAGCUGUCUGAAGUACGAAUUGUUUAUUUAAAUCGUUUUGUGCAGGAGGUUAUUAGUUACUUCACGGGUCUAGUUCCUACUAAUGAUGAUGCUGUUGUUAAGAUGAAAGAUCAUGUAACUGAAUCUGAAAAGUGGGUUAGUGAAAGUGAAGUUGAAGGAUCACCUGCAGUCAAGUUGGAUCUUUCAUUGAGUAGACCAAUAAUCUUGAUGCCCCGUCAGACAGAAAGCAUGGAUUAUUUAGAACUUGAUGUUCUCCAAAUUACUGUGGAAAACUCAUUUGAAUGGCUUGGUGGGGACAAAAAUGAGAUCAGUGCAGUUCAUCGAGAGACGUUGGUUAUCAAAGUUAGAGACAUCAACUUGACUGUUGGUAUUGGAAUGAAGCCUGGCAAAUCAAUGAUUCAAGAUGUUGAAGGAUUAUCUGUUGUAAUCCAAAGGUCUCUCCGCGAUUUGUUGCAUCAAACUCCUAACACAGAAGCUGCUAUAAAGGUUGAAGUCCUGAAAGCUUCAAUGUCGAACCACGAGUAUGAUAUAACUACAGAAUGUGCACUGUCCAACUUUUCUGAGCCCCCACAUGUUGUUCCUUAUCUAGGAAAGGUAUUUGGAGCUCCAGAAGAUGAUAUCCUGGUUCCUGCAGAAUCACCUUCAGGUGCUAUCAGAUCAGAGUUCCAAAACUCCCAAAGUACAGCAACAUGGAUAACAAUGAAAGUGUCAGUGGCCAUUGAUGUGGUUGAUCUCUUGUUGCACUCGGGAAACUCAAGAGACUCCCCUCUAGCAAGUAUACAGGCAAGUGGAGCUUGGCUGCUUUAUAAAUCUAAUGCAUCUGAGGAGACUUCUAUUUCUGCAACACUUAAAGGGUUCUCUGUUGUUGAUGAACGGGAAGGUGUUAAGGAUGAAUUCAAGCUUGCCAUAGGAAAAUCUAGGACAAUUGGCUACACAAAUUUUGGAAGUGGUCAUGGUAGUCACCUCUUUGAUACUGUAGAAGAGCAAGCAAAAGAGCGAUAUGUAUCUGAGCCAGUACCUUCUAUGCUUAUUGUUGAUGCAAUGUUAGCAAAGUCUUUAGUGAGUGUAAAUCUAUACAUCCAGAGGCCGAAGCUGCUUGUUGCCCUUGAUUUUUUAUUGGCUAUUGCUGAGUUUUUUGCUCCUUCAGUUCGCAAAGUACUGUCGGAUGAAGAAGAUGCAGACACAUUGAAUAUGACAAGAGCUAUUAUUCUUGAUGGUCCAGUUUAUUCUCAGCCAUCCCAUGUAUUUUCAUUAUCACCUCAAAGACCAUUAGUAGUUGAUGAUGAAAUGUUUGACCAUUUCGUAUAUGAUGGAAGAGGUGGCAAAUUGUAUUUGCACGAUAGACUUGGGAAAAUUCUUGCGCAUCCUAGCACUGAGACCAUUAUUUAUGUUGACAGUGGCAAGAGGCUGCAAUUCAAAAAUGUGACUAUAGUGGAUGGGGAUUAUUUGGAUUCUUCUGUUUUCCUGGGAGCUGAUAGCAGCUAUUCAAUAUCAAUAGACGAUCAUGUUUUCCUUGAAAAAUGGAAUGAGGUUGAUUCUGUAGAUUCUCAUAAGGAAACGUCAAAUGGUGCAUUAGUUUCUAAACCUGUUGAUGAUGACUUAACUGAGUAUGUGAUAGAGCUGCAGGCUAUUGGACCAGAACUCACAUUCUACAGCACCUCAAAAGAUGUUGGCGAAUCUUUCAUACUGUCAAAGAAGGUUAUACAUGCAAAUCUAGAUGUAUUUUCCAGGCUUGUAAUCAAGGGUGAUAGCUUAGAAACGAGUGGAAACAUUCUUGGUCUAAAGCUGGAGAGUAAUGGAAUCACAGUGUUGGAGCCAUUUGAUAUCUUCUUGAAAUUAUCAAAUACUUCUGGGAAAACAAAUAUACAUUUGGCUGUAUCUGAUGUAGUUAUUAAUUUCUCAUUCAGCAUCCUAAAACUUUUUAUAGCUAUUGAGGAAGAUAUUUUAGCAUUUCUAAGGAAGUCUACUAAGAAAGUUUCAGUUGUAUGUUCUCAGUUUGACAGGAUUGCUACUAUAAAGGGUUACAAUCAUUCAUAUGCAUUUUGGAGACCACAGGCACCAUCAGGAUACGCUGUCCUUGGAGAUUGUCUGACUCCUCAGAAUCAGCCACCUUCAAAGGGAGUUCUUGCUUUGAAUACCAGUUUUUUGAGAGUUAAGAGACCUCUUUCCUAUAAUUUAAUAUGGAGAAGUGGCUAUCCUAGUCCUGAUAAAGGCAAAUAUGACCAUGGAAGUAAUGUAUCCAGUAAUGACAAUUGUGUAGUAAAUGGAGGUUUGUCCAUUUGGUUUCCUAUAGCACCUACAGGUUAUGUUGCAGUGGGUUGUGUAGUUUCUUCUGGAAGUUCUCAACCACCACUUUCCUCUGGUUUGUGUAUUUUGUCUUCCUUGGUUUCUCCAUCCUCAUUCAAGGAUUGUGUUGCACUCAAUUUAAGCAAUUCGAAGCAUGCAGAUUUUGCAUUUUGGCGAGUGGAUAAUUCUUUUGGUUCUUUUCUGCCUGCAAAUCCUAACAAUAAGAAUUUGAUUGGUAAAGCUUAUGAGUUGCGUCAUGUGCACUUUGGCAAUUUCAAUUUCUCUACCAAAGAUAGAAGUUCCAAUGUCAAAUACAAUACAAGGGAUGAUAUUAAUGGCGGUGGUUCUCAUUUUGAAAGAGCUGGAGUAUUCACUUCUAGUCGCUUAUUUGAAUCUGUAGCUAAUUUUAAAUUAGUCUGGUGGAAUCAUGGUACACCCUCCCAGAAAAAACUAUCAAUAUGGCGACCAGUGUUUUCACCUGAAAUGGUUUUCCUUGGUGAUAUUGCCAUUCAAGGGUAUGAACCACCUAAUUCUGGCAUUGUUCUUCAUGAUCCUGGAGAUGAGUCUUUUCUUAAAAUACCUAAAGAUUUUCAACUUGUUGGCUAUAUCAAGAAACAAAAAGGUGCUGAGAGCAUCUCUUUUUGGUUGCCACAAGCUCCUCCAGGAUUUGUUGCCUUAGGAUGUGUUGCAUCUAAGGGAUAUCCUAGGGGUGAUGACAUCAGCUUAUUAAGAUGCAUUCGCAGUGAUAUGGUGACAGGAGACCAGUUUGAUGAUGAAAGUAUAUGGAAUACAUCAGAAACAAGUGUAUCAGAACAUUUUAGCUUGUGGCAUGUGGACAAUGAUCUGGGAACAUUCCUUGUCAGAAAUGGAUUUAAAAAGCCUCCUAGAAGAUAUGCAUUAAAAUUUGCAGGAUCACCUUUAUCUACUGAAUCAGAUAACACUGUCAUUGGUGCGGAAAUUAAAUCUGUCUCUGCAGCAGUAUAUGAUGACUAUGGGGGACUGAUGGUUCCACUGUUUAACGUGUGUUUGGAUAAAACUGCAUUUACUCUACAUGGAAGACCAGAUUACAUAAAUUCUACUGUGAGUUUUUUAUUGGCUGCAAAAUCCUACAAUGACAAAUAUGAUUUAUGGGAGCCAGUUAUUGAACCCAUGGACGGAUUUGUAAGGUAUCAGUAUGAUAUGAAUGCACCAGGUGCUUCCACACAGCUUCGUAUGACUUCUACUCAGGAUCUUAACCUGAACGUCUCUGUUUCUAAUGCAAACAUGUUGAUUCAAGCUUAUUCCAGUUGGAAUAGUCUAAAUCAUAUUGAUGAAUCCUAUAGAAAAAUUGAAUCAGUUCUUCCUACAUCUGGUGAGAGUUCUAUCCUUGAUAUUCAUCAUAAGAGUAGCUAUUAUAUCAUACCACAAAACAAGCUUGGUCAAGACAUAUAUAUAAGAGGUACUGAAGGGUCUGGGACAUCAAGCAUCAUCAAAAUUCCUCCGGGAGGCAAUAAACCUGUAAAAGUUCCGGCACUAAAAAAUAUGAUGUAUCCUCAUCUGAAAGAAAAGCUGAGCCUUGUACCUAGGUCAAUGCUGACAGUAAUUAUUGCAGAUGCCGAGUUAAGAUCAACGAAAGGUGUAAGCAAUGGAGAGUACAUGGUAGCACUUCGUCUAUUCAUAGAUCAUCCUAUUACAUCACCACUGCAGCAACAAAGUGCCCGUACUUCUGGUGUCAUGAUUGAGACCUCUUCUUCAGGCACUACCACUGUGAAUUGGCAUGAAAUGUUUUCCUUCAAAAUUGACUCUAUGGACUAUUAUAUGCUGGAGCUUAUUGUAGUUGACUUGGGAAGAGGAGAGACAAUAGGAAUUUUUUCUGCCCUUUUGAAACAAAUAGCAUAUGAACUUCCGUUUGGGUCAAAUUCAAAUGAUUAUAAUAAUUGUUUCUCUUGGAAGGAACUCUCACCAGCCAUUUCAUUGAAUUGUCAAAGUGAAGACCAGAGUAAUUUAUAUGGAAGAAUCAGAUGUGCUAUACUACUUCCUGCAAGAUCUGAAUCUAAAAAUGACAACUUUGAAUCUACUGUUACAAAUAGAGCUGGGUUUAUUCAAAUCAGUCCAUCCAGGGAAGGACCCUGGACAUCUAUGAGGUUAAACUAUGCUGCUCCUACAGCAUGUUGGAGGUUUCGUAACGAUGUUGUUGCAAGUGAAGUAUCUGUAAUAAAUGGCAACAGAUAUGUUGACAUUCGAUCUUUGGUAUCUGUUACUAACAACACUGACAUCUUUAUUGAUCUGUGUUUGAUCUCCAAGUCUUCUUCUGAUAAUCAUACUUCAAUGGAUGAAAAAAGUGAAGGCCUGGAUAGAAGACCUGAUGAUGAUAAAUAUGAAACUGAGGAGUUCUUUGAAACACAAAAGUUCCAUCCUUCAGAUGGUUGGAUAAGUCGUUACUCAAGUACACCAUUUGCAAACCAGUCUGGUUGCUCUUCAGAUGAUAGAAAUAAGGUAGCAUCUAUUGUUGAACUGGCUCAUGAUUGGGAAUGGGCUGAUGAUUGGCAUGUUGAUACAAGCUCUGUACUUGCAGAGGAUGGAUGGGUUUAUGCUGCAGAUACUGAACAGCUGAACUGGCCUGAGUCGAUGGAAGUUAAAAAACAAUUAUAUUCCAUUGAUUGUGCAAGGCAAAGAAAGUGGAUUCGGCAUAGGAAGUAUGUGCCUCCAUUCAAGGAAGACAAGCAAAUAUCAGUUGGAUUAUUGAAACCUGGAGAUACUAUUCCUCUUCCAUUAUUAGUCUUGUCAAACCCUGUGCAAUCCUAUGUGUUGCAGUUGAAGCCUAAAAACACUGAAGAUAAGAAAGAAUAUUGUUGGGGUGUUGUGACACAGAGCCAUUAUCUAACUGAAAUCUGUGGAGGCAAUGAAGAUUUACAUGAAAUAUGCGUAUCGUCUCUUGAUGAGUCUGAUAUGCUCUUGUUUUGCUCCCAAAGAGAAGGAACUUCUUCAGAUCAAUGUGAAGGUUUGUGGUUCUGUGUUAGCAUACGAGCAAAAGAGGUCGGCAAAGAUAUCAAAUCAGUUCCUGUAAAUGAUUGGAAUAUUAAUAUUGACUCUCCAUUAACAAUAUUCAACUACCUCCCCCUUUCUUCUAAAUACAAUAUCUCUUCUAAUAAAUUGAGUGGUGGACAAAUAACUUGUUCCCAAGGUGAACUUGGGCCAGGUGAAACUGUAAAAAUUCACAGUGCAGACAUCAGAAAUCCAUUGUACAUAUCAGUACUUCCGGAAGGGGGAUGGCAACCCUUACAUGAGCCUGUGCUUUUAUCACAUCAAAGCAAAAUGCCUUCAAAAUUGAUAAACCUGAGAAGCUCUUUUUCGGAAAGGAUCGUUCAAGUGAUUCUUGAGCAAAAUUAUGAGAAGGAAAGUUUGAUAGCUAGGGUUAUCAAAGUUUACACUCCAUAUUGGAUUUCAGUUGCAAGAUGUCCACCACUUACCUUGAGGGUUAUGGCCCUUCCUGGGAAAAGAGAAGGAGCACAUUUUCCUGUUUCAUUUCAUUCUCAUAAAAAAACAAAGAGAACACUUUGGCAUAUUACUGAUGAGGAAUUAUUUGGUGGAUAUACAAUAGCUUCUUUUUUGAACUUCAAGCUAUUAGGAUUAUCAGCGUCCAUUAGUGGACCUGGUGAGGAGUGCUUUGGACCAGAUACUGAGCUUUCUCCUCUUGGUGACAUGGAUGGAUCGAUUAAUCUUUAUGCAUACAACACAGACAACAAUUGCAUGCGGUUACUUGUUUGCUCAAAACCAUCCCCUUACCAAUCUGUUCCUACAAAGGUUAUUUCUAUCCGUCCAUAUAUGACAUUCACAAACAGGAUAGGACGAGAUAUUCUUCUUAGGUUUAAUUCUGCAGAUGAGCCCAAGACUCUGCAUGCUUUUGACUCUAGAGUGUCCUUCCUUUAUUCUGAAUCAGGACGAUCAGAUAAGCUUCUAGUCCAACUUGAAGACACACACUGGUCCUUACCUAUAGAAAUCAUCAAGGAAGACACAAUUGUUGUUGUUUUGAGGAAGCAUCAAGGUGGUAGGAGAUUUGUAAGAGCUGAAAUUCGUGGUUAUGAGGAGGGCUCACGAUUCUUAGUUAUUUUCCGUCUAGAAUCAGCAACUGAUACUUAUAGGAUAGAGAAUAGGAUGUGGAGUACAAGAAUUGAAAUACGCCAAUCUGGCCUAGAUGAAAGUAGCUGGAUCCAUUUGGAGCCUCUUUCAACUGCAAAGUUUUCAUGGGAUGAUCCACUUGGACCUAAAUCCAUUGAUGUCCGUGUCAUUAGGGAAAAUGAAACUUGUGUUCAAGAUGUUUGUUUGGAUAGGCAAAUAGAGGUCUCCAAAGAUUUGCAAGCACUGGGCGUACAGAUUAUUGCCACUGAAGUGGGUGAUAUGAAAAUUCUGCAAUUAAUUGACUACAUAAGAAUGUUAACAUCAGGUACACAUGAUAGGAUUGUUCCUGUACCUAUUGACAGAAUGGGUAUUUCCUCUCUUCCAAAAGAGCCUCACAAUGAGAAUGCGCCACUAGAACUUAUAAUCGAAUUAGGAGUUAUCGGGGUCUCUGUUAUAGACCAUAGACCAAGAGAACUGUUGUACUUUUACUUGGAGAGAGUGUUCAUUUCCUAUUCAACAGGAUUUGAUGCCGGUACAACAAGCAGGUUUAAGCUUAUUUUUGGUUAUCUUCAGUUGGAUAAUCAACUACCAUUAACAGUGAUGCCUGUUCUUUUGGCACCUGAGGAUAUGCCUGACAGAAAGCAUCCAGUCUUUAAAACAACCAUUAUGAAAAGAAAUGAGACUUCAGAUGGCACUCAAAUCUAUCCAUACAUCUAUGUUCGGGUCACAGAAAAGCCUUGGAGAACCAAUAUUCAUGAGCCAAUCAUAUGGGCAUUAAUGGACUUCUAUAAUAAUAUUCAUAUGGAUAGUCUUCCUGGAAGCUCGGGAACUGUGCAAGUUGAUCCAGAGAUCCAAUUCGAGUUGAUAGAUGUUUCAGAGAUUAGGUUGAAGAUAUCAUUGGAGACUGCACCAGCUCAACGACCACCUGGCGCCCUGGGUGUUUGGGGUCCCAUAUUGUCUGCUGUGGGAAAUGCUUUUAAAAUUCAGGUGCACCUUAGGAAAGUUAUACACAGGAGUAGAUACAUGCGACAGAGUUCAAUUAUCCCUGCUAUUGUUGGUCGCAUUAAAAGAGAUCUUAUCCACAAUCCUUUACACUUGAUCUUUUCAGUAGAUGUUCUUGGUAUGACAAAGUCAACCUUUGCAUCACUAAGUAAAGGUUUUGCAGAACUUUCAACUGAUGGCCAGUUUCUUCAACUAAGAUCAAAGCAGGUUACAUCAAGGAGAAUCACUGGUGUUGGUGAUGGAAUACUUCAAGGAACAGAAGCUCUUGCACAAGGAGUAGCUUUUGGAGUGUCUGGUGUGCUGAGAAAACCUGUAGAGAGUGCUAGGCAGCAUGGUUUCCUUGGUCUUGCUCAUGGACUUGGGCGUGCUUUUGUUGGGUUUGUUGUUCAGCCACUGAGUGGAGCUCUGGAUUUUGUCUCACUAACUAUUGAUGGAAUUGGUGCCAGUUUUGCCAGAUGUUUAGAUAUCUUAAAUAACAAGACAAUAGUUCAGAGGAUAAGAAAUCCCCGUUCUAUUCAUGAAGAUGGUGUUAUCAGAGAGUACAAUGAGCAAGAAGCUAUAGGACAAAUGAUCCUCUACUUAGCAGAAGCUAGUAGGCAUCUGGGUUGUACUGACAUUUUCAAAGAACCUUCAAAGUAUGCAUGGUCUGAUUACUACGAAGACUAUUUUAUUCUGCCAUAUCAAAGGAUUGCUCUUGUAACAAAUAAGCGUGUCAUGCUACUGCAGUGUUCUUCUUUAGAUAAAUUGGACAAGAAACCUUGCAAGAUACUUUGGGAUGUUCCAUGGGAGAAUCUCCUUGCAAUUGAGUUAGCCAAAGCAGGAUAUGACAAACCUUCUCACUUGAUUAUUCAUCUUCAAAACUUUAGAAGGUCAGAAAGCUUUGCACGAAUAAUCAGAUGUGAUGUUGGCAACGAUGAAGAACAAGAACCUCAGGCAAUCAUUAUAUGUUCCACAAUUCGAAGGAUGUGGAAAGCACAUCAGACAAAUAAAAAAAUUGUAGUUUUGAAGUCUCCUUCCAGCCAACGGCACUUACACUUUGCUUGCGGGGAAGCAGAAGGGCGGGAGUCUCGCAACCUCACUAGACCUUUCAUAAAACCAAGAGGAAGUUCAAUAUCUAACAAAAGAAGAUUCAUAAAGCACACUGUAAACUUUAAAAAGAUCUGGAGCAGUGAACAAGAAUAUAAAAGUCGAUGCAUCUUGUUCCCAAAGCAGGUUGUUGAAGACGAAACUUUAUGUAGUAUUUGGCGGCCUAUUUGUCCGGAUGGGUAUGUGUCUGUUGGAGAUGUUGCCCAUGUCGGCAACCAUCCACCAACAGUUGCUGCUGUCUACAAAGAUUUCGAUGGGAAUUUUGCUCUUCCUGUGGGUUAUGACCUAGUAUGGAGGAAUUGUGCCCAGGACUAUGCUGCUCCUCUGACGAUUUGGCUGCCACGUGCACCUGAAGGCUACGUGGCUGUUGGAUGUGUGGCAUUGACUGCUUAUGAGGAACCACUGCUUGAUUCCGCAUACUGUGUGAGUGAACGGAUCGCGGAGGAGGCAGCAUUUGAGGAGCAAUUAGUUUGGAUGGCUCCUGACUCUUAUCCAUGGUCAUGUUACAUUUACCAAAUACGGAGUGAGGCUCUUCAGUUUGUUGCGCUGCGACAGCCCAAAGAAGAAUCUGACUGGAGGCCUAUGAGAGUCUCUGAACAGGAAUCUCUAUCAGCAUCAGAAGCUUCACAGAAUCCAACCUGAGAUAAAAUCUGGAUUCUCACUUAUUCUCUGAGCUUCAUCCGACCAUUUAAGUUGGUUGUUGAUCUGCAAAAUGAAUACUUCAAUGAGACAUAUGCUGGACUAGAUAGCCAGCUCCGCCUUCUGUAAUCUAGCAAAUACUUCAAUGAGACAUGUGCUGGACUAGAUAGCCAGCUCCGCCUUCUGUAAUCUAGCAAAUACUUCAAUGAGACAUGAUUAGAUUGCUAUCA